AUGGAUGAGUUCACCAAGAGUGUACUUGGUGAUGUCACCCAAGACAACAACAACAAUGACAACAAUGAGAUACAAAUCAAUGAUCAUGAGCUGUUGUCAAUGAUCAGUCGCCAUGCCAAACACACGAGGAUGGUACCGUACGGUCGUGAGCCACCAGCAAGUCAAGUAAACGUUGAUUUUGACCAGCUGAGUCGCGUCAAGAAGCUGAUCGAAUCAAGCUUUAUCCUCAUCAAUGAAGAUUCAGGACAUGAUUAUGAUGGCCUAUUCAUUGCAAUGGGUUACGAUGGCAUCUCAUCAUUUUCACUGGAGACACUCGAAUGGACACCAAUCGUGGACACAGUCGAGAAGCUACCGUACAAUACCUAUCAAUCAUCGGUCGUGGUUCGAGGCACGGACAUCUAUUCAUUUGGAGGAUUGGAUGAUCCGAACGUGUACACGCGAUACUCAUUGGCCGAGAAGAAGGUGUACCAAUCAGACAUCGUUGGAGCCAACGGAGGGGUCUUUAUCUCUGUGUGCCACGAUGGUGACAGCUACAUCUACCUCACUGGCGGAGUCGACAUUCCCAAGGGCGAAGAUGUUACUCCCAAGAUAUACUUUGUGUGCGUGGAUCGCUUCAACAUCGACACCGCGCAGUUUGAGCAUGUCGAUCAGUUUUUCACUGGUAUGUACUCCUACACGUUCUUCCACAAGGACUUGCUCUACAUUGUCAAUGGAUCGGAGAUAUCAACGUACAAUGUCGAGACCGGAGAGGUCCUCAAGGUCUCUCCCGACGAAGACCCCAACCAAGCCAUCUGUUGUUUCGACGGCAUUGACAGUGUCUACAUCAAGACCAGUCUGCUGCUCACACUAAACUCCAUAUCCACCAAUCGCAGAAUACCAUUGAAGGUGUGUCCAAUACAUGAGGCGCUGGGUGCGUUCGUGAGUGAUGAUACAGGUGGCCUCAUCCACUUUGGUGGCAAAGGCAAGAACUAUCGAUACUCCAUUCAAGAUGACACAUGGACAUUGCUCAAUGAUAAUGACAAUUCCGAGACACGAUUAAUGUAUGUUUGA